UGUAUGGUAUAGAUGUGAUUUCAUGGAAUGAAUGUGAAAUUGAUAAGUUAGAAGUGGGCCAGAAUUAGAGUAGCAAGGAUGGCACUGAGUGCACCGUGGUGCACAGCAGUUGAAGCCUUGAGAGGUGACAUGGGAUGGAGCACCUUUAGGGAAAGACUCACAAAAGCCACACUUAGGUACAAGAUUAGGCUUGAGAGAAUGGAUGAUGCAAGAAUAGCAAGGAAGGUGUACCUGUGGAAUGAAAGUGGAAGCAAAUGGAGGAAGAGAUGCAUGAGAAUGACAGACAGGAAUGGAUUGCAAGUUGUGUGGGUGAUAAGAAUGGCUGGGAGGAAUCAAAAUGAGCGUGAAUGGGUGGUAACAAGAGGCAGAGUGGGAGCCGAAUGGGAUGUGAGAAAAUGGAAGAAUGAGAUAGACAAAGAAGUGAAAUGUGUGGGAGUGAAUGAAUGGAAGAAUGAGAUGGAAAGAAAGAAGACCUUGGAAUGGUACAAGGAGAAAGAGGCCCUGAGGUAUGAAAGGUGGUAUGAUGGAAGCCUGGGCGGUGAUCUUCUCUUCCGUGCGAGGGCACAGUGUAUGGAUGUGAAUGCAAGGAGUUACAGGUGGUCUGAGUCCGGCAGCAAAGUGUGCCAGAUGUGUGACAUGGGAGAGGAUGAGACGGUGGAACAUGUGGUGCUGGAGUGUGUGAAGUAUGCUAGAGACUGGAAUGAGAUGAUGCAAGUGAUACUGACUGAGUUAGGGCAUGAUAGGAAUGAAGGAGUGGAGAAGACAGGAAAGGAAUGGAUGGUGUUGUUGCUGGGACUGUAUAGAGAGGCGAAUGAAAGAAUGAUCGAGGCGGUGAAAGAGUUUCUGGAGAGAAUGUGGCGUGCCAGAUGUAGGAAAAAUUAGGAUAGAGGAUGCUGUUCGUUUCCCUUUUUUUUUUCCCCCCUUUUACAGGAGUUGCCGAUCCAAAGGCCUGGCUCAGGAGUGAUCCUUUGUUACCUGUACCAUCAAGAUCAAGAUCAUGCAACAGCGGUACAAUCACACUGUGCAGCAAAACUCGAGCGAAAUUUGCAAACAUCAGUAAAGCGGUAUUGCCAUCGUAGUUUAUCCUCGCAGCAUAAGGCGGAUUUUCAACAGAAGUAAACGCGUGUAAGCCAGCCGUGGUAAUUUAUCUGCCAGCUGAGUGCAGGGUUGUGUUGUGGUGCAGCUCGUCAGUCUCUCGUCAAGCCAUCGCCAAACUAUCAAGUCAUCGCCAGUCUAUCACCAAACUACUGUCAAACUAUCACUAAGCCAUCGCCAAGCUGCCAAGAAGUCAUUGCCAAAAUAUCACCAAGCCAUCGACAGACCACUGACGAGCAAUCCCGAGCCACUGUCAGCUAUUACCAAAUCACUGCUUAAGGACUGCCAAACCAUCACUAAGCCGCCGCCAAGCCAUCACCACCACCAUGAGCAAAAGUGACAGUGAGAUGGUCAGCUUCAGCUCAGUGGAGGUGCUGUCCCUGUACACCACCAUGGUCCUCAAGCGCCUCAUCACAGCUGUCCAGCCUGUGGAGGCAUGUCCGGCUCUGCCCCGCCACCUGACGCGGCCUUCCAAGGAAUUAGGAGAAGGAGCAGCAGUGUUUCUUCAAGGACGAGGUCUCUUUCCCGGGAUUGUAGCGGCAGUUCCUCUGAUUUUUCGCCUCGGCACAGUCGGCGGCAUAGGAGUCGCCGCCGUCAAGACCAAGAACACGUGCCGCCCCACCAUGUCAACAAACCGGCUCAACCACAUGGAAGUGCACAGAAUCUUCCUCUGCACCAGGCAUCGGCUUCUGUGCCUACAGCUCCCGAACCUUCAUGGCGUUUAGUGUUGGAUGAGUUGGCGGUAUUGAAAGGUGAGGUAGCGAAACUUCGUGUUAACACACAUACUCACCCUCCUCCGUUACCUGAGGAUCAUCUUCCGGGUACUUCAGGAACACACCACACAGUUUCACCUCCAUUCUCGGGCUUUAAUGACUCCAGCAGCGAGGAUGGGGAGAUUAGAGAGGUGUCACAAAGGGGCAGUGUUUUGCAACAGGCAGCCAAGGCUUUGGGGCCCCCUGACAGUGUUUCUGCAGAUAUUGACCAACAGGUGGCAGUUAUGGUUAAUCAGUUGUUUGACAACGGUAUGCAAGAGGAAGACUACAGGGUCAUCUUGGAGGAAUCAGCCACCAGACGACCUGCAUUGGCGCCUGUGGAAUGUAACCCGCAGAUUUUGGGUGCCUUAAAGACUGACGCGAAGAAAGCUGAUUUUCGUCUUAAGGACGUAAGUGGUGACAUUCUCAAGGCAGGUACCAUUUUAACUAGGUCACUUCUAGCCCUGGAUGUAGUGGCACAGGAGAGUGACCACCCCGCUGUUGUGCAGGAAGUAGGUAUGAUUAACGGCGCCUUGGCGUUGUUGGGUCAUGCCAAUCACAGGUUGAAUUUGGCUAGACGUUUUCUUAUGAAAAGGGAAAUUAACCAGAAAUAUUCCCACUUAUGUGCUGAUAAGGUCCCCAUGUCGCGUUUCCUGUUUGGGGAUGAUGUGUCUCAAUCGGCCAAGCAGAUCGAGGACACAGAAAAGUUAAAGAACAAGUUCUCCCUCAAGAAACCGGCAUACCCUUGGAAAACCACCAGUGGCAGGUCACGUGGCUACUGGGGGCGAACGUGGCAUAGAAACUCCGCAAUGAGGUUCCAACCCUAUGGCCUGCAGAGGUCAGGCGCCAGGACGGGACAACGUCAACUACCAGCGCGGCAGGAUGCGGACUCAAAAAACGCCAGGAGCCGGGGUCCACAGAGACCCUGGCAGUAGUGGAGGACUGUCUGCCACAUCUGAUCCGUGUGUUGGAGUUUAACCUGAACAACAUGGGGGUGGACAGGAGGUGGUUCUUUGGCACACUCAAGGACCAUGCACGGCUGUUCAACUAUGAGUGGAGACUGAACAAUAUGGAUGGGCCAGAUAGAGGAAUUGUAGCAUACGACACAUUUCUCCUGGUGGUAUUCCUCAGACUAGGGGUGGAGAAGCUCUGGAUGACUGGAGGAGCCUCUAUCCACAGUAGUAUGGUGAUGGCGGAGCUGGCUGCCCUCUACUACCCUAAGAAACCCACGUUUGCUCUAAAGUACCUGAAUCAGUGCCAUGGACUCUUUGACUAUCUGUCUAGCCAUUCACCUGGUUUGGAGGAGGUGUACAUCCCACGCAGUGAUGUGACAGCCUUUCAGAACUGUAUGAAAUUCAAGAACCUGCGUGUGCUAGAGCUGGAUGGUCGCAUCUCAGACAAAGUGUUGUGUGGUGGCCUCUGGAACAUUAACAAAAAGAGUGACAAGGUGCUGGAAAUGGCCCUAAAGGAGACUAAGGGGCUUGACAGCUGGGUGCUGUCUCUCCCUCACCUGGAGGUGCUGCGCAAUAAUUUUAUUGACCAACACUCAAACUCUAUGCGUGUGUCUCUUGGGGCAGCAGCAUUGCUCAUCCAACCCAAGAUGGAGGCUGUGGAGGUUGUGGCAUCCUGGGACACCACCACGGCCAUCAUGUACCUCUUGGACACUGAAGCAAAGAUGAAGAAUGCUUCCACGGAUGACCGUAAAUUUCAGCUAAGAAAACUCAUGAUAUUCUACACUGAGGAGAUUGAUGAUGAGUGGCUGCAGCGGCUGUUUAAUGCAUGUCCUCGCCUCAGUGACCUCUGCCUUCUGGAGAGUGAAAAAAUUCUGUCCCACUUAGAUGUCUUUAUUGAGCUCUUCCACACAGUGCCACUGAGGAAGCUGGAAUUGGACACAGCAAACAUGAAACCAUUAGACCUGGCAGCACUUCUGGUGGCAGCUCCUAACUUGACCGAUCUCACACUACAUACUACACCUCUUGAUCUUUUAAAGUACCACAACUUACCCAAUAAUUCAUGCAUAAGCCUGCCUCGUGCUCUUGAGUCUUUGACACUGAACUUUGCUGCUACUGAGAUAAAUCAUGAGAAGUGUGCAAGUGAGAUAUUCAUUGAAGAAUUUAAGCAAAGGAUGAAGAGCUUCCUGUCAAAAUUUGCCUCUGUGAAUGCACUAAAUCUGUACAAUACAUCAUGCCUCCCUGCUUCCUAUAUGGUAUUUGGAAGCAUAGAAGCUGCAUUAGAAGAGUUACUUAAUUUGAAACACAUCACUGUUAUUGCCUGUGAUUAUACACAUUGGGAGGACAAUCAACUUGAUGAGGAUAUUGACCACAGCUCUCCCUUUUUGAGACAUCUUUAUGGUCCAUCACAUUACUCUAAGGUCCGCCUCCUGCUUCCCCUCCUUCAGAGAGAAAAAACUUUCCCAUCUUUGUGCAAAUUGGAAUCCCUAGAGCUGGACGCACUCUACCUUUCACCAAGAGUGGACCGUAUGGUUGCAGCCUUGAGAGCCUCAGGGGUGCUGGUGAACACUUUUAACUCUGGCAACAUGUAUCCAAUUAGUGAGUGCUUCCUCAACAAAAUUGACAGAAAGAAAUAUGCCAAAUAUGCAAAAUUGCUUUCGAGUCAUUUCCAGCAUAAUUAUGCUCAUUAACAUUAAGAACAUUAAGAAUUAAUUAAAUCUGGUAACUUAAUUUUAACAAAGUACUUCAGGUAAUCAUGUUUAUAAAAAUUAUAAUUUCAUUAAUAUUCAGAGUUUUAUUUUUUGUAAUAUUAUUAUUAUGUUAUUAUUACUUAUGUUUGAUACUGUGUGUAAAGAGCAAAAGUUUGAAUUGAAUUUUGGAGUGACAAAUACUGAGCUGGAGUAAAAUGCACCAAGGAAUGGGAAAGUGGGCAAAAUUGAGGAAAAAUUUAGGAGACUUACGUAUUCCUGUCUUGGCUGGGUCAUACACAGUGAGAACAGUGAGAGGAAGAGCAGUGAGAGGAAGAGCUAUACACAGGAGGAAGACAGCAAGAAUUUGAAGCACACAAUAAAAGAAGAGACAGUCAGUAUAGAGACAAAAAUGGGACUGCAUGGGUUUGAAAUUUAACGUAAAUUUCAAGAAUGAUACAAUAUAAUUCAGUGUUAAAAUUUAUUUACAUAUUGGGAAUUUUUAAAAUAUUUGCCUCAAACUGAAUCAACUCUCUGGAAGUAGGGGAAGGAGCCAUCAACCAGAUUUUUUCCCUCAUUGACAGCUCAGUUUCCCUCAGACAGAUGUACAGUUUUUACCUUCUACCAUAACAAUCUUUCCCACUCUGGCUGAGAUAUUGCUUUCAAGAUUAAGUGUAGACAGUGGAACUCUGACAAUGGAUUACUUUUAAAUCAGCUGUCAUCCAUGGCUACAUACACUAUCAGUAAGCCCCACCACCAGUCUUUCUCAGCUAGACCUCCACUGCCUAUAGCCAAGUACUCUUUGGCUCACUGUGGAUGGCUCUUUGUUGAUCAGUACGUAGCUAGGAAAACCUUGCAUUGAUUGAGAACUCAGUAAUAGGAUUUAUUUAGCUGAAUUUAUAACCAAUCUUAAAAAAAGAUAACGUUACUUAUUUUCUGUUGUAUGGUUUACAACUGAAAAUCACGCUUUGUUUCUAUUUAUUUUAUUUUUAUUUCUCCUAAAUUUAUGGUAUAUUAAACAUUUUUCUUUUUUGAGAUUUAUAUUUAAGAAUGAGUGCAUCAUUCUUGAGCCCUGUUUGUACUUAUCUUUUAGAAUAUUUAUAUUUAUUUUUCCAUUGUAGUGUGGAAUAAUUGUAGUAACUGUUAUGUUGAUAUUUGGUUGUGGAUUGGAAGAUGGAGACCAAAGAGCAAAUAAGAGGUUGUUGAACUGAGUUACUUGAGAAAUGCCUGUGGUGUGAAAAGAAUAGAAAAGAAAAGAAAACAUGGUUGAAAUCAUGGAAGUAUGCAGUCAUCCCUGAAAAUCCUUUGGCGUUAAGUAACAGAAACACCCAUGGAUAUUGAAAAAUCUAUGGAUGUAUACUACCUUUAUAUUUACAGUACACUUGAAACAAAAAGCAAAUAAUGAUCGAUAAUGAUUUAGCCUCAGUACAGUUGAUAUAAGCACUGUCUUUGCUGAUAAAAUAAAUGUUCCAUGAGUAGCAUCACCCCAUUGUUCUGUAUACUUUUCUACAAGCAAUUAAAAGGGAAAGAAAAGAUAAGAAA